CGGGGGCAGGAGUUUCAGACUCAUGGUCCGAAUCAAGCAGACUGCGCGCAAGUCGACGGAUGGCAAGGCCCCGCGCAAGCAGCUGGCCACCAAGGUGGCUGGCAAGACCGCACCCGCCACUGGCGGCGUGAAGAAGCCGCACCGCUACGGCACGGUGGCGCUUCGUGAGAUCCGCCGCUACCAGUAGUCCACUGAGCUGCUAAUCCGCAAGUUGCCCUUCCAGCGGCUGGUGCACGAGAUCGCUCAGGACUUUAAGACCGACCUGCGCUUCCAGAGCUCGGCCGUGAUGGCACUGCAGGAGGCGUGCGAGUCUUACCUUGUGGGGCUGUUUGAGGACACCAACCUGUGUAUCAUCCAUGCUAAACGGGUCACCAUCAUGCCUAAGGACAUCCAGCUGGCAUGCCGUAUCUGCGGGGAGCGGGCCUAGGAGGGCCAUCUCGCCACCUGAGAGGUUGCGCAACGUUCACCCCAAAGGCUCUUUUAAGAGCCACCCACCUGGUCGGAAGAGUUGCUGUAGCAAGCCAGGCUCUUGGGUUUCGGGGGGUUCCUUCCGCCGGCCGGUGCCGGCUUACCUACUUCCGAUUAGGGUGGGAGGCUGGCGAAUCCUGUGUUCACCCUGUCCAGUUAGGAGGCCAGCUACUCACACGCGUUACCUCUCAGCCUGUCUCCAGUCACAAAUCCAGCUAGUAGUGUGUGUUUAUGAAUCAUGGUUGGUCUGUUUUGGGGACGGGGUGUUGAGGGUAGCCUAACUGGUCUAUCUCCAGUUAGGUAAGCAACCCCAGCUAGUUGUGUCAACUCAGCCUAUCUACAGUUAGGUUGGAAGGCUGGCUGGUCUUGUGUGUUCUCAGCUCAGCCUCUUUCAAAUUAGGUUACAAGUCCUGCGUGUGUGUGUGUGUGUACACGCAGCUUGUUUCCAGUGAGGUUACCAGUCCAGCUAGUCUUCUGCCUUGACAGCCCAUCUCCUGUUAAGGCCAGCAAGUAUGUAUUAUCUUGGCCUAUUUUAAGUUAGAAGUCCAGCUACUUCACCAGCAUAGCAGCUCACGCCUGU